UGUAACUUGUCAUAGUUUCAUCAUUGCCAAUCACUGCUGUGAAUGAACGUUAAUGUUCUUUAUUUGUUAGGCCCUGCAGAGCAAACCAGGAUACAAGAUAGGGGAGCUUUCUGUGCUAACCUUCAGACGAGAAUGUUUGCAGUGCCUUGUUAAGGUGGCUGGGAAACUGCAGGACAAAUCCCCCUUAAAGUUUCCUCUGGUUAGGCACAUUGCAUGCCUUGAUCCCACAAGAAUCUACCAAGAGCCAGAGUGGUGCAUCAAGCAAAUGAAGAGUGUAGUGCAGACAUUUCUUCAGGGCAAGCAAUUGACAGGUGGCAUUCCAGCUGGUGAUGUUAUCAUGCAGCAGUUUGCAUCCUUGACCUCAGUGGAAGGGAGAGCUGAACGUUUCCUGUCCUUCAAACCAAUGAAGGAGCGCCUUGAUGUGUUUCUUUACACAACCCUCAGCACGCCUUACCCUGACUUACUACGGUUUUGCAAGAGUCUCCUUCUGCUGUCUCAUGGCCAAGCCACUGUUGAAAGAGGAUUUUCAGUCAAUAAAGAGGUGGAGACAUGUAACCUCCAGGCUAACUCGCUGGAAUCACUGCGAUUAGUCUGUGACCAGAUCAGCAGUUGUGGGGGUGUUUUAAAGGUGCCUCUGACAAAGGAGCUCCUUGCCUCUGCUUCAUCUGCAAGAUCUCAGUAUAGACUGUACCUGGAGAAUGAAAGAAAAAUGAAGGAGAGUGCCACACAUGCUCUAAAGAGAAAGGCAGCUGAGGAGGAGCUGUUGGACCUCAGAACCCAGCGUGAGGUACUAAGCAGUGUCUGUGAGUCACUUCAAAAUGAUGCAGACAAGAUGGCCGAGCAGGCUGAGGGAAAGGCUGGGUCCAAAAUGGCCGAACUCAUAACAAAGUCCAACACACUGCGUAGAAGACAUAAAGACAAAACAAAAGAGCUCCGCCAACUGGAAGAAAGGAUUAAGGAGAAGUCAUCACAGCUGAGACUUAUGUGACUGUGCCUCUCACAAUCUGUGUCUCUUAUUCUUUCCACCACUGUCAUUCCUUUCUUCUGCCAUCAUGGUAGAACGGCACACGCUUAGCACCCUGUAGACCUGCAUUCAAGGUCAGGAAGGGUGCUCUCUCCUUAGCUACAAGGGACAACUGUUACAACUUCCCUCUGUUAAAAUUUAAUUGGGGGAAAUGUUCAAACUGUUAUCUGUUUAUUUGCAUCAACCA